UGGGACAGCAGGACACUUCAGUGGACCCCAAACCGCUACGAGUACCUCCUAUAACUGCCCAACCAAAAAGGCAGCUCUUCUGGAAAGAGGCGCUUGACGUUAUUGUUGUUAUUUGUACUCACACACACUUCACCUGAGGAGAAAGCUGGGCUCGCUGUACUGGGAGAAUACUGAACACUCUAGAAGGAUGCAAGACGGGAGCUGGAACCAGCCACUCCCCUUAUCUGUGCUGCUGAAGGAUCCGGAAGGGGGACUGGAGGGGGAUGGGGGCGUGUUCUCGGAGGCGUCAUCUGAGGGGGAUCUCUUCCUGGACUCGGCGGCGUCGGCGGAGCUGGAUUCAGGAGAUUUCUCCCAGCUCUCUGCGUUCCUCAGCGCGGAGGAGAUUCACCGUAGUCUGGAUCUGGCCUUCGAGGCCUUCGGGGAGACUCCAGGAGACCCCCGAACGCCCACCUCCCCCCACGAGCUGGCUCUCCCCCACAACCUCCCCCUUACAGACAGCCCCAGCGCUCCCCUUAUCCCACCCCAGCACAGUAAACCCCUCUCCCCAGACCAGGGAGUCCCAGUCAAGGUCACCUCCAGCCAGAGCGUCCUCCUCACCAGGCCCCAGCAGGCCUCAUUUGGAUCCCCAGCCUCGCCUGAAAAGUUUGUCUGCCACAAGAGCAUCCCCCCGGUGUACAAGCAGGACAAGCCGAGGCUGGUGCACGCGGGCCUGGAGCUGAACGAGCGCGCGGCAUCCGCCACGGAGUUCUGCAGCCGGGCCGCCACCUUCAUCGAGGAGCUGUCCUCCAUCUUCAAGGGCUCCGUGCGGCUGGAGCAGCAGGUGGACGAUGACUCCUCCUCCCCCGACAGCGGAUACCUGUCCCCCCGCGCCCACCGCCCCGCCCCUUCAGCCCCUGGCCCUGCCCACCAGGGAUCAGGCCCCGUUAACCAGGAAUUAGGCCCCACCCACCAAGGCUCCGGGUCUGCUCCCCCGCAGCCCCAGCCUCCCACAUGUGGUCAGCCUCCGGGGCUGGGGGAGGGGCCAAGACCGGAGGGGGGUUGUGGGGUGGGGGAGGGAGCUUGGGAGAUGGGGGAGCUCUCCCCCCCUCGCUUCUCCCAGAAGCUGAAGAGCCAGGAGGUGUCCGAGGGGAGCCCCAUCAAGCUGGAGUGCAGGGUGACAGGAAACCCCUUGCCAUUGGUCAGGUGGUUCUGCGAGGGCCGGGAGCUCCACAGCAGCCCAGACAUCCAGGUGUGGCGCGACGGCGACCUGCACACGCUGGUGAUCAACGAGGCGUUCGAGGACGACACGGGCCGCUACACCUGCGUGGCAUCCAACAGCCUGGGCGCCGACCACACAGAGGCCGAGGUCUACAUAGAAGGAGCUUCGUCUUCAGACUCAGAAGGAGAGGGCUCGGCGUCCAAGCACCGGUCAGGAGACAUGGCUCAGGUUCAGAAGAAGACCACCUCUGUCUCCUUGACGAUCCGUUCCUCCUCCCCCAAGACCUCGGAGCCCCCACCUCACCGUUCCACCCUGGUCCAGCCCUUCACUCAGCGGAUGCAGAGUCCAGUCUCUCUGUAUGGGGGCGACGGCCCUGUCGCGGCCCCCCCUGUCUUCACUAAGGUGUUGGUGGACUCCCAGGCCUCGGAGGGCCAGGUGGUGGUUCUGGAGUGCCGGGUGCGGGGCAGCGCGCCCCUGCAGGUGCGCUGGUUCCGCCAGGGCCAGGAGAUCCAGGACUCCCCAGACUUCCGCGUCCUUCAGAAGAAGCCCCGCUCCGCUGCAGAGCCAGAGGAAAUCUGCACGCUGGUGAUCUCGGAGGCGUUCCCAGAGGAUGGGGGCGUGUUCUGCUGCACCGUCACCAAUCCCUACGGGUCCCUCAGCAGCUCCGCCCACCUCCACGUCUCUGGAGCAGCGGAAGACUUGCCCACUAACGGCGUAACCAGGGGUGACGUAUACGGGGACAACACUAUGUUGGAAGACGCCCAGGCCUUCCCCCCGCCCCCCCCGCCCACCGAGAUCAGCCAAUUGGAGCUGCCGCCCAAAGCCCCGCUGAGCGUGGAGGGUUACCAUGUCAAUGAGGUGGAGAUCUGGCCGAGCGUGUCAGCGGUCCAGACAGGCCCUGAGGGGGUGGAGCCAAGCCAGGGGGCGGGGCCAGGUCGCAAAGGACUACCCGUCAUCCCCCCACCUCCCCACAGCCCACCCAGAGACCACCUCCCCCCCCCUCCUCCACCUGAGUCUGUUAUGGAUGUUCCAGCUUCUGCCCCAGCCUCGACCCCAGCCUCGACCCCAGCCCCAGUGAAGGAGGGGCCUCCACUGCCCACCAAGCCUAAACCUAAGCUAGAGGAGAGUAGAGCGGAGGAACUACAACAUGGCAGGAACGCUGCCCAGCUGAAGCACCUCCAGGACCAGAUCCUUCUAGAACAGCAGGAAGCAGCCGAUUGGCUCCUGCAGCAGCAGCAGCAGGAAGAACAGCAGGAAGUCCCUCCCCCUCCGCAGGAAAUCCCACCUCCAUCUCCUCCUCUCCCCCCUCCUCCCUCCUUCCAGGAGCUGGAAAGCAGCGCCAUGCAGACCAGCACCUUCAACUACGCCCGCCCCAAGCAGUUCAUCGCUGCCCAGGGCCCGGCGGGGGCCUCUGGGGCGUUCAACACCCAGUCCUCUCCUUCCUCCACCUCUCCUCCCCCCCUCUCCCCCUCUGCCUCACACAAGCCCUUUAGUAAGGUCUCCCUCCCCCCCUUCCAGCCUCCCCCCUUCAGUAAGACCAACAGCCAGGACUCCCCCUCCUCUCCCUCCUUCCCCCCUCCUCCUCCCCCCUUCCUCAGCCCCAGCACCUUGUCCUCCCCCUCCGGCCCCGGCCAAGACUUCCCUCCCCCGCCUCCCCCACCUCCCCCGCCCAUCCUCUCCUCCUCCUUCUCCUCCUCCACCCCCCAAUCCCCAGCCUCCAGCUUCCUCUCCUCUGUCCUGCCCUCCCCUACCUCUUCCCCUGCCUCCCCUAUGGUCAAUGCUCUGGGGCUGCCCAAAGGCAAUGGGACUGUGGCCAUGCCCCGCCGGCCCACCCCCAGGACCCCUCGCCUGGCGUCAGACUCCGACAUCCAGGGCUCCAAGGACGCCGUCAUCCAGGACCUGGAGAGGAAGCUGCGCUUCAAGGAGGAGCGCAUGAGCAACGGACAACAGAGGCUAACGUACGAGGAGAAGAUGGCUCGCAGGCUGCUGGGAGCAGACAACGCUGCCACUGUCCUGAGCCAGGAGGGAGACGAUGAGCCUGGCACACAGGGCAGCCGAUCUCCUGAUAUAGAAUCUGUCCCACAAAAGGAGUACAAGGUGUCCAGCUUCGAGCAGCGUCUGAUCAGCGAGAUAGAGUUCCGUCUGGAGCGUUCUCCAGUGGAGGAGUCUGACGACGACGUGGAGCAUGACGACCAGCCUCCAGACCAGGGGGGGGCGCCCUGCUUCCUGCACAAGCUCAAACACUACAAGCUGUUCGAGGGCAUGCCCGUCACCUUCUCCUGCAAGGUCACAGGAGAUCCCAAGCCCAAGGUGUACUGGUUCAAGGACGGGAAGCAGAUCUCUAAGAUGAGCGAGCACUACCGUAUCAGCCGAGAGGCGGACGGAACGUGCUCCCUGCACACCGCCAGUGCCUCGCUGGACGACGACGGCAACUACACCAUCAUGGCUGGAAACCCCCUGGGGCGGAUCAGCUGUACUGGCAGGAUGAUGGUGCAGGCAGUGAACCAGAGGGGGCGGAGCCAGCGGUCCACACCUGGUCACAUUCGCAGACCCAGGUCCAGGUCCCGGGACAGUGGAGAUGAGAAUGAGAACAUCCAGGAACGCCACUUCCGCCCUCACUUCCUGCAGGCUCCUGGCGACCUCAUCGUUCAGGAGGGGAAACUGUGCCGCAUGGACUGCAAGGUGAGUGGCCUGCCCACCCCAGACCUCAUCUGGCAGCUGAAUGGCCAGACAAUCCGCCCUGACUCCGCCCACAAGAUGCUGGUGAGGGAAAACGGUGUCCACUCACUGGUCAUCGAGUCGGUGACCAGUCGCGACGCUGGGAUCUACACCUGCAUCGCUACUAACCGGGCUGGACAGAACUCUUUCAACCUGGAACUCAUUGUUGCAGCCAAGGAGAUGCACAAGGCCCCCACGUUCAUUGAGAAGCUGCAGAACACGGGCGUGGCUGAGGGCUACCCCGUACGCCUGGAGUGCCGCGUGUCGGGGACGCCCUACCCCCAGAUCUUCUGGAAGAGAGAGAACGAGUCGUUCACCCACAGCACGGACAGGGUCAGCAUGCACCAGGACAAAUGUGGCUACCUGUGCAUGAUCAUCCAGCCGGCCAUGAAGGAGGAUGCAGGCUGGUACACUGUGUCUGCCAAGAACGAAGCUGGGAUCGUCUCGAGCACUGCACGUCUCGACGUCCAUGCCCAGUGGCAGCAGCCAAACCUACCAAAGCCUAAGAGGGUGCGUCCGUCCACCAGUCGCUACGCCGCGCUGACUGAGAGAGGCCUGGACGUGAAGGCUGCCUUCUUCCCUGACUCCACCCCCUUCUUCCCCGACUCCUCCCCCCUGCAGCCGGGAGGACUGGUGGAGAGCGACGACCUGUAGAGCUUAACGGAGGGGGGGUGCAAUACACCAACCCUGAGAACUGACCCCCUCACCUGUCCACCUAAAACCAUGCAGGGGACAGGAACUACAACUCCCAUCACCCAAGGGAUUCAUAAUAAUGGCCACAUGUACCAGAUGACUGAUGGGAAAUGUAGUCCUGUCUGUCACCCUUCCCUUUUGAUAUCUCAGUAGGUAUCCCCAAGCCUCCUCAUCAUCUGCCAGUCCUGAGGAGCUGAACUCAGCCCUCUGGGCGGGCGCAUCGUGCUGAAGACUGGCUGUCCUCGUCCCCGCCGAAGUGCCUGAGAUUCCUCAGAGGAUCAGCGAACACCGCCCUCAUGCUGAAAACAGUAGCAUUAUUUUGCAUGUUAAAAGGUGCCAUUUUAAUCUCCCACCAUAUGCAUAAUAUACUGUAUGUAAAUGUAGAAGUACCCCCCCUCAGACAUCCCAGGAGGAGGGUGGGGUGCAGCAGGGAGGGGAGGGAGCCCAGGGCGUUGGGGCAGCAGGGAGGGGAGGGGCAUACUAUCUUAGACAUCAGCAUUGUCCCACUGUACUGUAGCUAUAGAGUAUUAUCAUUACUGAUUGAUAUUUCACAAGGCCGGCCCUUAUAUUCUUUUCUUGCUGAUUUUGAGUAAAAAAAAAAAGACUUUGAAAGUUGAAGCUGUUUGGAGUCUUGUAUGUGAGAUGGAAUGUGGGUGGGUGUCCUCACCUGAUUGGUGGAAAGCGACGGUAUAGUAAGGCAACGGGAAGUAGAGAUUAGUAGGGGUCGGGUGUGGUCCAAUGAGAGCGAUGAUGAGGCAGGAAGUGUUUCAGGAUGACUCAGGACGGAUGGAAGGUUGUUGUUGAUGUAGGGUGUUUCUGUCUCCACGUCCUGAUCACACCAGGUGUUGUAUGAUGAAGAUGGAUCCAGGUUCUAGGGACAAAACGACACACAAGAUCAGUUUGAUGUCUCACAUAUAACCCUGCAUUAAAUAUCCUGCUUAGGAACAAAGUAUACAUGUCCUUAAACAAUCACUUGUUAAGACCUGUUAAGAUCACCCGUCUGUGCAUGCUAUUAUACACCACUUAUACAGUGCCAAAUUACAAAUCGGUUAACAUAAGUACAACUUUUUAUGCUUCCAUUAUUCAGUGU